AAUUGUGGGGGGUCAGGGCUCGUAUGGUGCCGUCCUACAAGUUUUAGCCCCAAAGCUUAGAUGGUUUCCUUCCUGCUCUCCCUUGUCUUCUACAGAUCCAUUUAGGGAUCUUGUGGAAAUGGGAAGCUGAAUCUUGCGCUUUAGCCGGUGCACGAGGCCUCUUUCAAUUGCAGGGUGCCAUACAAAAAUUUGCGAGCUUUGGACUCAAUCGCGUAAACCCCAAAUUCAGUGGACUCUGUCAGGCGUGGCCAUUCAGGAUUCAUGGCGGGUAACUCAGGCUCAUCUCCGUCUCCUAGCAAACUCCUCAAAUCCCAAACCCUAGCCCUACCCUUGUCUUCCACGUUUUUCUCCAAAGGCAAGGACAAGCUCCAAGAACCCAAAGACGAUCCUUUAAAAGAGGAAGAAGAAGAAGUAGAAGAGGAAGAACGUGGGGAGGAAUUGAUGCGAUGUGGGGUUUGUUUAUCGGAAGAAGGGAAGACCAUCAGAGGGUGGAUCGACAGCUGUGACCAUUACUUCUGCUUCGUCUGCAUCAUGGAGUGGGCCAAGGUUGAGUCUCGCUGCCCCAUGUGCAAGCGGCGCUUCUCCUCCAUUCGCAGGCCGCCCAAGGAGGGGGUGUUUGCUUGUGAACGGAUUGUCGAUGUUCCUGUUCGUGAUCAGGUUUUCCAUCCUCUUGGAAACACAACAAUUGGACCUUUUGAUCUCUAUGCGCAAGUCCAAUGUAGUGUUUGCCAUGGUAUGGCAGAUGAAAGCCUUCUAUUACUUUGUGAUUUAUGUGAUUCAGCUGCUCAUACUUAUUGUGUUGGCCUGGGUGCCACUGUGCCAGAGGGUGAUUGGUUUUGUCAUGAUUGUUCUGCUUCUAGGGCUGAACAUGCCAAUGGUGACACAAACACUGAUUGCAACAAUCAAUACGAUUUGAGGAUCAAUUCUGUAAGGCGAUCAGCUGGCUCACAUGUUUCCGUGUUUGAUAUUGUGCGAGAAUCCAAUAUACCAGAGAUAGAGGAAUCCCAUUUAGUAUCUUCUCAGGCAAACCAGGCGUCCUCUCCUAUGGUUCCUAGCACAGGAAUAAGGGUCGCAAAUAAUGUGUCAGAGGUUGCUACAAACACAUCAGGAGAUGAUGUGGAUAAAACAGCUGAGUCAGGUGCAAGAACAUUGCAUCGUUGCCGCAAUGUGCACAAUCAUAUUCGAACAUUACGUGAAAAUUGGAAUGCCUUGCGAAGUGGUUCCUUGAGUUUCUCUUCCCGCUUAAUUGAUUCUGAUGGCCGAAGUAGUCAGAAACGCAAUGUUCGUGAUGGACCUAGCAACAGAUCAGGCAAAGCACAUUUAUCUUCCACAAGUUGUCCGCAGUUGACAGCUCAGGAUGAUUUUCCUAGUCGUUCUUCCAAUAGUAGAGGCUCAAGCAAUGUCGAUAAAGCUUGGAAGAUGAUGCACAGGUCUAUGAUACAAGCUUACGAAAGGCCAACCAUUAGUCAAGGGGCCUCUAAUGAAUCUAAACAGCUGUUUUGCAAUAGAACUGUCCAAAGAAAACUAACAAGCUCAAACGCAACUCUUCCGGCAUCAAAAAGCCUGACCUUUGAAAGAGGCUUGGGCAGUAUUAGGUCAAAAAGGCAUAACAAUCACGAUGUUCACGAGAAAAUGAGUAAAAAGCAGAGACCACAAAAGUUUGGUAAUCUGACUGAUAGUAGGGUUAUUACAAAGGAGAUCUCUAAGUUCAAUGAGGUUUCUACAGAUGCUUGCAUGCCUAGAUAUUUUGAAUUGGCAUCUUCUAUGAAACACAAGACUUUGGAUCAUGUUGGCGUUUGUCGUGAAAGUGGGGAAAAUUUAUUGCGGAAGAAUUUACAUGAAGCCUUACCUUCCUCUAUAAAGGCCCAGACUUCAGUAGAAGUUGACAUCUGUGACAAGAAUGGGGGAAAGUUCUUACAAAAUAAUUUAUGUGAAACUUCUUCAAAUGUUGUUAAGGAGCACCCUGGACAAUCUUGCUUGUUUUCUCCAGUUGGGCCAGUGCUGGGAACGUCAGAAUUCUCUCAUUCUAAUCCAGAUCUCAGCACAUCUGCCUCCUGUGAAGUAGGUUUUUCACGGGGACAAGGUGUGGUAGAGAGACGUGCUAAAAGCAAACCAAGUAAAGGUGAUGAUGCCAAAAGUGAGAUCCGAUCUCUCGUCAAGCUCAACCUAAAGCUUUUAAAUAGGGAGAAAUCUUUAGGAGCAGAUGCAUUUAAGGAAGUUGCAAGACGAGCCACGCAUACCAUCUUGGCUGCAUGUGGUUUGGAGCACCGGAAGUCUGGUGUUUACUUCCCGACUUCAGUUUGUCGCCAUGCUGAACAAAUUCAGCGGCUCCAGAAGUCCACUCUUAUGCCUACAUCUUGUAGAGAAUGCUUCUAUGCUUUUGUAAAGGAUGUUGUCAACUCUGUUAUGUUAGAAAAAGUGGGAUUGUCCUGAAUUGUCAGGAUUUUUCCCAUAUGGGUCAGUGUUGCCAACUUCUCAAGCUAUUCAUUAAUGGAAAAUUGUCUUCCCGUUCCUCUCCGUUGGAGUAUGGAUUCACUUGGAAGCAAAAUAAAUUUUUGUUAUUGA